AUGGCGGAAUCAUGCCCCAGACCUAAAUUGGCGAAGAUUGUACUCGGUAUUGGAUGUUUUUUUCUUGGUAUUACCGUUGUCUGUUUUGCAGUUGGUGGUCCACUCUAUUUUCAAGAACAUAAUAAAAUGCGAUCCUAUGUUGAUUCUUCGUAUCCAUGUUGGUAUAAUUCAAAAAAACGAUCUGAAUUAACAUGGUAUGGUCCCGCCACUUUUUAUCCUCUCAUCUUACUAUUAAUUGGUGUAAUAUCGAUUCCAUUUGCUAUUAUUUCAUUGAUCGCCUUCUGUCGCCUACGAACUCGUGUUGAUUUAUAG